AUGGGUGGCUGUUGCAGUGUUUGUACUCCGACCGAUAAAUUUGUUGGAACAUGGUCCAAUGGAACGACGACAAGUUUAGUAAUUCCACGAAAUGGAUGUCUUCUUUACAGGCAUAUUAGUACGUGUACACGAUCUGUCUGGAGUAUGCCGGGCUGUUACAACGAAAAUGGGUUUUGCACUUGUAUGUGUGGUUGUGUUCUUAGAGGGAAGUAUGUUGAUGAAAGUGAAGGUGGACCAGGGUUUAUGAUCAAUGAUGAAUUAUUGAAGAAAUCGGUGAAUACAGGAAAUACAAUUUGGUUAGCAACUGGUCAUUGA